AUUUUGGCCCUUAAGAAUUAUCUUCAUAGCCAGUUCCAAACAAAAGAUUUAGGCUCAUUGAAAUAUUUCUUGGGUAUUGAUGUAACACGGAGUAAGAAAGGCAUAUUUCUAUCUCAACGAAAAUAUGUACUUGAUUUGCUAGCUGUAACAGGGAAAUUGGGAUCAAAGCCGAGCAAUACUCCCAUGGUUCCCAAUGUGCAACUCACUCGAGAAGGCAUGCCGUUUGAAGACCCAGAAAGAUAUAGACGCUUGGUUGGAAAGCUUAAUUAUCUCGCAGUCACUCGUCCAGAUAUUGCUUACUCUGUGAGUGUAGUGAGUCAAUACAUGUCGUCUCCGACCAUUGAUCAUUGGGCUGCUGUAGAACACAUAUUAUGUUACUUAAAGGGAGCACCGGGACGAGGUAUUGUUUAUCAAAACCAUGAUCACAUGAGAAUAGAAUGCUUUGCAGAUGCUGAUUGGGCCGGUUCUAAAGAUGAUCGAAGAUCUACAUCUGGCUAUUGCGUCUUUGUUGGUGGUAAUCUCGUAUCCUGGAAGAGUAAGAAACAGAAUGUGGUUUCUCGUUCUAGUGCUGAAUCAGAAUAUCGAGCUAUGGCACAAUCCGCAUGUGAGAUAAUAUGGAUACACCAUUUAUUGAAUGAAAUCGGAUUGAAGACACCAAUGCCUGCUCAGUUGUGGUGCGAUAACCAAGCUGCUAUACACAUAGCAAACAAUCCCG